UGGGAAGGCGGAGGGCCUCCCUGCCUAAAAUGGCGGACGGCGGAACCCGCGGCGGCAGCGGCCAAAGGACCCGGAAGCAGCGAGGGCGCCUAGGUAAUAAGCGAUCCAGUGUUUUGAAAAAUGAAGACGCUGCACAAAGGAAAGCAGCACUUGAAACAGCUAUUAGAAAGAAGAUUGAAUAUGAACGAAAAGCCUUGAAGAUUGUUGAACGCCUCUUAGAAGAUGACGUUACUGAAGAAUUCCUUGUGAAUGGUGGGAAGUUCAUUACACCGUCUCACUAUAAAGAUGUUGUGGAGGAACGAUUCAUCAUCAAACUGUGUGGCUACCCCCUAUGUCGAAAUAGGCUACAGAAUGUGCUGAAGCAAAAGUACAAAAUUUCAACAAAAACAAACAAAGUUUAUGAUAUUACUGAAAGAAAGUGUUUUUGCAGCAACUUCUGUUACAGAGCAUCAAAAUACUUUGAAGGUCAAAUUUCCCAAAGUCCAGUGUGGCUGCGAGAUGAAGAAAGGCCACCAGACAUUCACUUGCUACAAGAAGGGACAAGGGGCCACUCUGGGAAGGAAGUAAAACUAGUUAGUGAAGGAAUUUCAGCUUUAGACAUUGAGAGCCCUGUUCCAGAGACAACUCAGGGCAACUCUAGCACAGAAAGUGAGAGCAGCAGUGAUGCUGAACAAGAAUUUGUUUCCUCCAUUUUGCAAGAACAUCUGACAGGUGCAGAGAAGGUUAUUCAGCCAGUGCCCAGAAAGAGCAGACUCAAAAAGAAGCCAGCUGAGAGAGUUCAACCUAAGCCUAUCUCAACAGAAAAUCCAGUUAACAAGGCAGCAGAGCAGCUAAGCAGAUGCACUUUGGAUGGCCCAGAAGAGAAACACCUUCUUCCCAAUAAACCACAGACUGAAAAAACUGAUACUUCUGUGCACAACCUAAUCCCUGAAACUGUACCCCCAUCUGAUGACUCCAGAGGCAACUCUGGGGGCUCACAACUGGUUUUCCUGGGUAUGAGUCAAAAGGGGGCUGAACAAUUUAAAAGGUUGCUCGCUAACUCAAAACAGCCUGGCAAGCAUGACCUAAAAGGCCCAGUGGACUCUCUUGCUACCAAACAGGGCUUGCUAGAAAGCCUCAGGCAAACAUUUACUGAAUGGAAGACUGACGAAACACUGAAACUUCUCUGUGGCUCCAGCUUUGUAGGUGCCUGCAGGACACAGGAGCAGGCCUCACUAGCCGAUUGUGAAAAGGAAGACCUUGACGAGGAUGAUUUGGAUAGCUCUGAUGACGUUGAUACUUCUGCCCCCAUGAAAGAUGAUUUGAACUGUUUGGACAAGGCUUUGCCUUUCAGAGACCCCACUAUAGUAGCCAAACCUCUGCCUAGCUAUGAAAAGUUGAAAGAAGAGACAUCACAGCUGGAACUAAAGGUGAAGGAGUUCUACCAAGGCAAAUUCACUGUAGCUGAAGAAGAUCUGAAGACAGACUCAGGAGGGGAACAACACUAUAGCAAUUCUCAAAAUGACCAGCAGUGGACUCCUGUUUUUCCACUUGUGGAUUCUAAAGCUCAGCAACAGAUUCGGACACGAAUUGUGCUUGAAAAGCUGCAGAAGGUUUUGCCUGCUGUCUUGGGUCCUCUUCAGAUUCCUCUUGGAGAUGUUUAUAAUGAGCUUAGGAGUCUUGUUAAAACGUUCAGGUUAACAAAUACAAAUAUUAUCCACAAAACGCCAGUAUGGACUCUGAUUGCCAUUGUGUUGCUAUCUGUGUUGUCAGAAAAUAUUCCUGUAUUUGCAAAUUGCCAACAGAGCCGAGGAUAUACACAGUUUCUGACGACUUUGCUUGAAGAAUUGCAUUUCAAACAUGAAGACUUAGAAAGUUUAACAAGAACAUUUAGAAUUGGUUAUCUUAAUGAGUAAGAUUAUCAUCUUGCGCUUCCGUUCCUAGGCCAGACAUCUAAACAGGACUGAACUGACAUUGUUGGUGGCUUGAGAAUUCAAUUUCAAAAUAUGAUAUUAAGGAGAAAAAUAAAAACUCAUUGGACUAUUAUCAACUGGUUUCUGUGAAUAAAUAAAUCCUGUAAAUGUUCUUUGAGAAUGUGGACUAAUAAUCCACCAUUGAAUUUAUCAAGCCAAACUGAAUGAUUUUUUUAAAAAAUCAUGAUUUAACAAAAAACACCUUUAAAAUACUUUAUGAAUAUUAAAUAUUUUUCUCUCUUUCAUAUAAAUGACUCAUAUAAGUUUUUAAAAUAUAAAUACUGGACAUCUUUCCAGCAGGUCUCACCAGUGGAAUUCCAGAGGGAGUAUGUGCAUCUAUAUGUGUACCUUUUGUUUUUCAUAAGAAAAUUGUAUCAUUCAACAUUUGUUGAAAAAAAUAAAGCAAAUUAUAAUGUUGA